GCAGUAACGGCUCGCACUGGCCGCGAUGACGGGGUUGCAGCUGGUGGUGUGUGUGCCCUCGGCCAGACACGAGCAGCAGGUGACGGGGCGUCUGGUGGACAGCUGCAGCUCUGACGUGUUCGCGUCGCCUCGCCCCUCCAUGGAGCAGGCGCUGGCGACCAUCCUCAGGGAACGGAACAUCACGAACGCAGUGUGGAGCGGAGACAGCGACUACAGACAGGCGAGCUUCGUGGUGCCCCCAGGGGAGCCGUGUGAGGACAUCCUGCGCCAGUUGGCCGGCUGUGGCAUCGGCUCCCGCCUGCGCUCCGUGGUCAGCGUGAUGCCGUGUUCGCUGUGCAUCAGAGCGGGCGAGGAAGACUCGCAGUGCGACCCCCAGGAAGUGAGAGGCGACUCGGAAAGCGACAAGGAGCGGCGGGAGCUGGGAGGCACGGCGUGGCGCAGGUUCGUGGGCUCGGUGCGUGCUCGCCUCACGGUGGCGCAGGUGGUGGAGGGCGUGAAGGCAGACGCAGCGCUCACCUUCGACUUCCUCACACUUCUGCUCAUCGCCAGUCUGGUGUCGGCGCUGGGGUUGGCGGAGAACAGCACUGUCAUCCUGGUUGCUAGCAUGCUCAUCUCGCCCCUCAUGGGUCCCGUGAUGGCGGGCACGUUCGGCGCUGUGAUCGGUGAUCGUCAGCUGCAGAGGAUGGGCGUCAUGAACGAGUUGUUCGGCCUGAUGAUCAGCAUGCUGGUGGGCUUCAUCUACGGCCUGGCGGCAGGCUGCGUGGACCAGGACAAGUGGCCCACGCAGGAGAUGUUGGACAGGGGCGAGUUCCGCGCGCUCUGGAUGAACGCCGUGGUUGCCGUGGCCUCUGGAGCCGCCCUGUCCAUCUCCCUGCUGGGCGACAAGACCGCGCCCUUCGUCGGCGUGGCCAUGUCGGCGUCGCUGCUGCCCACGGCCGUCAAUGCAGGCGUGCUGUGGGCGCUGGCGAGUGUGGAGCUGGUGUGGCCGGCGGCGGACCCCCCGCGCGGACACGUGUACCCGGACGACCGCGCCCAGGACCUGGUGCUGAUGGGCGGAGUCAGCCUGUGCCUCACGCUCAUCAACAUCGUGUUCAUCUUCCUGACGGGCAUCCUCUUCCUCAAGAUAAAGGAAGUCACCCCGCGGGCGUCCAGAUCCCAGCGAACCUUCUGGGACCACGACAUCAAGAUCGCCCGGGACUACAACAGGUCCAUGAACAGUGAGCACCAACACCCCAAUGAGAGGCUGGCAGGAGAGCUGUCUGCUCUGCGGAGUGGUCGUCUGGGCGGGUUCAGGCACCGCCUGCACAGCCACAGCGAGUACCCCCAGCACUCCGAGCUGCAGGCCCGCGCAGACAGCCUGCUCACGUGGUCUCCCGGCACAGGCACGCACUUCCUGCACGGCCUGUGCCCCGCGCGCCUGCCAGGUGGGUCCACACUCCAACACUCCACUGGUUUCAAACACUGUCCUCACUGGAAUACUUUAGUCUACAUUAUGAACUUUGUUACUCUGCAUUUCUGGAGCUUCACUAUGUGCUUUUUCUUUAAAAUACAUAUAAUAUAUAUGGGCGGGGGAGGGAAACAAGAUCGUAAGGAUAACCCAAUUAAUUUUAAUACACUUUAUUCAUUACUAAUGUGUACACUAUCAAUCAGAUUGCUGCACUUUAGAUCCCUGUCCACAACUAUUGGUCACUGACACAUGAACACUCUCCACUGGAGCUUGGCUCGACUGUCCGCCUCUGUCUUCCCUCUUCGCACACUCUCCCACACCGCGCCGCGGUGCAGUCCUCACCCGACUGGCUCGCCAGGCCUUCACUCAGGUGUCGCCACCUCUCGCUGAUCGCGCGGGUAUCGCCGGUAUCACUCCUCGCUCUCUUGGAGGCGGUUGUCGCUGCGUGGACAUGUCACGUCAUGUCGACCCGACGCCCGAACCACCCACAAUGGUGGAGUGCCGCCCAUGUGGAUCCACGCGGCAGCCCCUGGGAGCCCGCAGAGAAGGGCCAGUAGCAACACCGAGGAAGGGGGUAGCGGGAGGUCCCUGUGUGUGGCCAGUAGGCGAGGCACACUGCGCCUAUGGGCCAGAUGGCCGCUGGAAGGUCCACAGCCGUGCUCCCAGCGCUCCUAACAAUAGACUAACAAAUCAAUACAAAUUUCACAAAAAAAUAUUAUACUUUGCGUCUUUGAUGCGAACACGUGAGCAAUACUUGCUGGUGGUUGUGCGUGUGUGCGUGGAGAUGCUGUGCCACUGCUGUGCGUGUGCUGUGCGCAGGCUUGCACUUGCCGGACUACGCGCCGCUGGUGGAGGCGGCCCCCCUCCACCCUCGCUUCUCGGUCACGCCCGCCGCGGACCCGCUCAAGCCACGCCCCUCGUAGCUGCUGAUGGCCCGUCACCAGCUCGCUUUUAAAACUGUCUUGCGAUCUCCAAAUGUAUAGAAUCAUUUUACAAGUUUUUAUAUUUUUGUAUUAUAUGCAUGUAUAUGGCGAGUGUUUGUGUAAUGAAUAUUGUAAUUAUUUAAAUAAAAUAUUAAACUAAGUUUUCCAGUGAAA